UGUACAUAAAUGCCUUUGCCAGCAAUACUAAUGCUUUUGGCGGCAGAGCACGCCCCAAAUGUGUUGCUAACACCUUGUUUGCGUAGCCUUCCGGACUGAGUCAUAUUUGGCGGUAUUUGAAAAAGGACCCGUAACGCUGUUCGAUGGAUAUAUUGCAGCAAGUGAAUGGUGUAGUAUGGAGACACUCUACCCUAUGUUACUAUGUGGGUUUCUAUAUUUCUACCCAAGCAGUGUUAAAGGCAUGCCGGUAGAUUAUGUCGCCGCUUACGGACUACGUUAUCCGGAAUGAUGUUGGUUUCGGUCUGAAAUUAUUACGUGCCUGAGAAGCGAUCGUCCAACCCGCCAGCACAAAAUUUUGAACCUUUAAAUAUGCCACUUUAUUCAUCUUCUGCUUCCACUUCCUUACCAUCAACAGGAACUAAAACGUCGAAAAAUGUCCAAGGUAUACGUCAUUGGUGCAACUGGAGGUAUUGGUAGUAAAGUCGUUAAGGAGCUGCUGGAGAAGAAUGUUCAAGUCACUGCUCUUGUUCGUAAUUCAUCCAAGGCAGAACAGCUGUUUGGUCAACCAGCCAACCUGACUCUUGUGAAAGGCGACUAUGAAAAAGAUCUAGACGGCUACAAGAGCACCAUUGCUGGCCACGACAGACUUUUCCUCCUUGUCCACUCUCGCUAUAUGCCUGCCAUCAAACUGAACCUCGCUACCAUCGCUUAUGCCGCUGGCGUACAGCAGGUUGUUCAGGUCUCGUCAGCCUCCGUUUGUGGACCUUGGAGAGCAAGCUUCAUUGCUUCUCAACAUUACGACUCAGAAGUUGGCCUCUUGGGCAUCCCUAACCGUGGCAAAUACGUGACCUUGAGACCCAACCAGUUUUUCAGCAAUCACCUCUUCAGUGAUGACAAGACUAUUCGUGCCAAAAACGUCAUUUACGGAUCGGCCGAUCCUGACCUUGGUCUGCACUGGGUGUCUCCCAACGACAUUGCUAAAGUCGCUGUCACUGUUAUGACAGAGCCCGUUGAGAAGCAUGAUGAUUGCGUGUACGAUCUUACCUCUGUUAAAUAUACUGGCAAUGAACGCGCUGCCAUUAUCUCCAAAGUUCUGGGUAAGGAGAUUAAGUACGUUCAAAUCCCUGUUGAACAGCGCUACAAGAUCUUCACCGAUGUGGUGCACAUGCCACAUUUCGUUGCUAUUGGCCUAGUCUCUGUUGAGGACUUUGUUUCUCCAGUCAAUAAGGCUCUUCCCAUCCUCCUUGGUCGCCCCGUAGAAGGUUUAGACGCCUGGUUCGAGGCUAACAAAGAGAAAUUUUUGUAAUAAUAUAUACUCAAAUUCCCCCACAAACAUCGACCUUAAUAGCUCGCUUGUUAAUGUACUCAAUUAUCAUUCGC